AUGAUAAACUCUACACAUGUUUCAUAUUUCAAACUGGCUGCCUAUUUUGACACUGGGAUUUUUAGAUAUUUAUGUUUCACGAUUGUCAUGUUGUUAUACAUUUUAGCUCUUUGUGCCAAUGUUUUCCUCAUUGUGGUUAUCUGCAUGAACAGAAGUUUACAUGAACCUAUGUACAUCUUUCUGUGCAGCCUGUUUAUGAAUGAACUGUAUGGUAGUACAGGGUUGUUUCCAUUCCUUCUGAUUCAGAUUCUCUCUGACAUUCACACUGUUUCUGCUUCAUUUUGUUUCCUGCAGGUUUUCUGUGUGCACUUUUAUGGACAAUGUGAAUUUUUCAUUUUAGCCGUCAUGUCUUAUGACAGAUAUCUUGCCAUCUGUCAUCCUCUACAAUAUAACACACUUAUGACAUCUAACAAAGUUGUGAUCUUGACUGCAUUCGUAUGGUUGUUCAGUGUACUUGCAACUGUUGCCAUGAUGUCUUUGAGUGUCCCUUUACAGCUGUGUGGGAACAUCAUUAACAAAGUUUACUGUGACAAUUACUCCAUAGUUAAACUGGCCUGCUCUGACACCACAGUCAAUAAUAUUUAUGGAAUAAUUUACAUGUUUACCAUCAUCUUUAGUCUGAUCAUUUUAAUUCUCUACACGUAUAUAAAGAUCCUUAAAGUCUGUUUCUCUGGUUCUAAACAGACCAGACAGAAAGCUGUCAGUACCUGCACACCUCACCUCGCUUCUCUGCUCAACUUCUCUUUUGGUAGUUUCUUUGAAAUCAUGCAGAGCAGAUUUAACAUGAGCAAUGUGCCCAUUAUGUUACGCAUUUUUUUAUCAUUGUACUUUCUGACGUGUCAGCCGCUCUUCAACCCUGUAAUGUACGGCCUGAAUUUAACCAAAAUACGCAUCAUAUGCAAAAGUCUGACUUUUGGUAAAAGAAAAUAG